CGCCGGUCUCUGCAAGGCCGUCGGUCCGUCCGCCCGCCCUCCCGGCGCUCCUCCGCCCUGGCCCCGCUAUCCCGGCCACGCACGUCGCUUCCUCGGUUCCGGCCGCCGCUAGCCCGUUCCCCGCCCCCGGGCCGGCCGCCGCCGCUACUCGAGGCCGGGGAUUGGCAGUGCGCGUAGGCCGCGCCGCCGCCGCUGGAGCCGGAAUAAAGGGGCGGCCGAGAGAGCAGCCGGUCGCCACUCGCCCCGCGCCUGACCCCGCGGGCGGCCUGGAGCAGAACCAGUCAUCGGGGAAGGCAGAGCCCCUCUGGCCUCGCCACCCACCCCACCCCCCGCCCGGGCACUCUGCCCUCGAGAGCCCCGCCUCCGGUAGGCAGAGCCUGGCAGUUCGUCUUGGUUAAUGCCGCCAGCCGUCUGACCAGUACCCCUUGUGUGCCUCGUCUGAGGUUUUUGUCCAUCCCUGAUCCUGGGCAGCUUCUCUCUGGGCUGGAUCACCUUCGGCGGGAAACUGAAGCCCUUACUCUCCAAGCCCUGUUUCGUCUUCCCAAGCAUGUCAGAAAGCUGGCAGCAGCCCCCGCAGACGCAGCCCCAGCAGCCACCGCCGCCGCAGCCCCAGCACCACGCCGAGCCACCACCCGCCCUGGCCGAGCACGCGCUGCCCCCGGGCUCGGCUGAGAACCCCCUGGGCUGUGCCGUCUACGGCAUCCUCCUGCAGCCGGACCCCGGCCUCCAGCCCCCGCAGCACGCACCCCUGCAGGCAGCCGGCGAGCCGGGCCCCAAGUGUGGCGUGUGUGGUCACGACCUGGCGCACCUGUCCAGCCCGCACGAGCACCAGUGCCUGGCGGGCCACGACCGCUCCUUCCAGUGCACGCAGUGUCUCAAGAUCUUCCAUCAGGCCACAGACCUGCUGGAACACCAGUGUGUGCAGGCCGAACAGAAGCCUUUCGUCUGCGGUGUCUGCAAGAUGGGCUUCUCGCUGCUCACCUCGCUGGCGCAGCACCACAGUGCGCACAGCGGCGCCAGCGGCCUGGUGAAAUGUUCCAUCUGUGAGAAGACCUACAAGCCGGCUGAGGCGGCCGAGCCGGCGGCCACCGCCGCCGCCGCCGCCGCCGCGGCCACCUCCCUGCCCCCGGCCCCCGCGCCGCCGCCUCCGCCACCACCGCCGCCGCCGCCGCCGCCGCCGGCCGUGGCCCCCGCGGAGCAGGCCGACAAGCCUUACAGCUGCCCCAUCUGCCAGAAGCCCUUCAAGCACCUGUCGGAGCUGUCGCGGCACGAGCGCAUCCACACCGGGGAGAAGCCGUACAAGUGCACGCUGUGUGACAAGAGCUUCAGCCAGUCCUCGCACCUGGUGCACCACAAGCGCACGCACAGCUCCGAGCGGCCGUACAAGUGCGCCGUCUGCGAGAAGACCUUCAAGCACCGCUCGCACCUGGUGCGCCACAUGUAUGCGCACUCGGGCGAGCACCACCUCUUCCGCUGCAACGUGUGCGAGCUGCACUUCAAGGAGUCCUCGGAGCUGCUGCAGCACCCGUGCACACCGAGCGGGGAGCGGCCGUUCCGCUGCGGCGAGUGCCAGAAGGCCUUCAAGCGCCCGUCGGACCUGCGGCAGCACGAGCGCACGCACAGCGCCGAGCGGCCCUUCAAGUGCGACCUGUGCCCCAUGGGCUUCAAGCAGCAAUACGCGCUCAUGCGGCACCGGCGCACGCACAAGCCCGAGGAGCCCUUCAAGUGCGGCCUCUGCGAGAAGGGCUUCGGGCAGCCCAGCCACCUGCUCUACCACCAGCACGUGCACACCCUCGAGACCCUCUUCAAGUGCCCCGUGUGCCAGAAGGGCUUCGACCAGUCGGCCGAGCUGCUGCGGCACAAGUGCCUGCCGGGCGCCGCCGAGCGGCCCUUCAAGUGCCCCGUGUGCACCAAGGCCUACAAGCGGGCGUCGGCCCUGCAGAAGCACCAGCUGGCGCACUGCUCCGCCGCCGAGAAGCCCCUGCGCUGCACCCUGUGUGAGCGCCGCUUCUUCUCGUCCUCGGAGUUCGUGCAGCACCGCUGCGACCCGGCGCGCGAGAAGCCGCUCAAGUGCCCGGACUGCGAGAAGCGCUUCAAGUACGCGUCAGACCUGCAGCGGCACCGGCGGGUGCACACGGGCGAGAAGCCCUACAAGUGCCCCAGCUGUGACAAGGCCUUCAAGCAGCGCGAGCAUCUCAACAAGCACCAGGGGGUGCACGCCCGCGAGCAGCAGUUCAAGUGCGUGUGGUGCGGCGAGCGCUUCCUGGACGUGGCCCUGCUGCAGGAGCACAGCGCCCAGCACAGCGCCGCCGCGGCCGCCGCCGAGGGCGCCUACCAGGUGGCCGCCUGCCUGCCCUGAGUGCGGCCCUGAGUGCAGCCCUGAGUGCGCACCUCCGAGCGGUCCCCACCGGGCCCGGCCCGCGCGCGGCCAACUGGGCCCUCCCCCCACCCCCCCGCCGCCCGGCUGGGUGGUCUGAGGACCGAGGGCGCCCGCGUAGCCGUGGUGGGGGGGAGGGGAAGUGGGGGUGCCUGGCGCUCCUGGUACCGGCCUGGAGGGAGGGGGUGGGGGGAGCCAGAUUGCUGUGGCUGGCCCUGAUCCCACAAACCUCUUUUCCAUUAUAGGAUUCCUUUACUUGAGAGCCAUCAGCCUCCCUUGUCUCUGGGGCCCUGGAACCAGGCUGGAAGUCAAGUGGCCUCCCUCGACCCCAAGGAGGGAUUGGUGCCAGCCCUACCUUCCCAAACUUUUCAGCCUAAUUAGAAACCAGAUUGGUUAGGAAAGAGGAUGGUCAUGGUCGGGCCUGGGAGAAGGGCUGGAUCCCAUAGGUGGGCCGGAUGUAGGGCAUCCUCCUUCAGGUCGCCGUUUGAGGGAGCAGGCCAGCUUUGUGAUGUAGUCCUGGGGACCAGGAGGGCAGUCGGUGAGGCUGAGCCGCAGGCCUCUCUGCUCCAGCUGGGGCCGGUGUGGCCUCCCGGGUUCCGCCAGGGAGACAUACAGGACGGCUGCACAUCUGUGAGCUGGGUGUGCCUGCAGAGAACCGGCCCAGCUAGAAGGGAGGAGGCAGAGAAGCUCUCGUGUGACACACUCAGCCAGGGACAGUGCCCUCCACAGGGAAGGGAGGAAAGGCAGCUUUUGUACUGAGGGGUAAUCCUGCUGUUCGGAAAGUGCCCCUCCUACCUUUGCAGCAUGGUUCCAAGCUCUGGGAAUGUGUUCUCGGCCAGACCGAACUACUGAUGAGAAAGAAGGGGAUUGUUAGACCACCUUGGUGCCUGGGAGGAAGCAGGGCCAAGUCCACGGUCUUACCAGUGGAUGCAAACAAGUGUCCUCCCCCUUGAAUGUGUGAACCAAAGUGUCAAGGGCGCGACUCCAAACAGCUUGCCCCAGCUCUCCUUCUGGGCCAAGACCGGGCCUGGGCACCCAGGGUGGGGGUGGGGGUGGGGGUGUUAAAGGACUCUGACUCCACAGUGCUCUCCCAGCCCCUGGGAACCUUCCCUGUCAGUCUGGCUCCUGGCCUGGACCCCGGGGUCUUGCGCUGCCAAGAUGGCCUGGACAUUAUCCAGUGACUUCCAAGGCUAGAGAUCGUCUCUGAGGUCCUCCUCGGGUCCCUGUAGGUCUCUGCCUGCCCACCGGGGCUCAUGGAGUCAAGGGUGUCCAGGGCAAUAGGGAGCAGGCCAGGGCAGAGGGUUGUUAAGGGAGCUGGUAGGUGCCUGGAGUUGACUGAGAUCACUCGCCAGUGGGGGCCCUCCUGGGGAAGCCCGAAGGACCUUUAUUAUCAAAAUGAUUCUUGUGGACCCAGCUGUGCCCCUGCCCUGCCCUCUUCCAGCCUUCCUUAGGCGUGGGUCUGGAAAGACUAAUCAGUGCUUGCACCAAGGGCCCAGAGGAGCAGGGAGGGCCUUGUCUCGCUCCCACCUCGGGAAGGCUGAACAGCCCACAUCCGCCUCCUCCUCUAUGGGACCCGGCUCCCUUCCUGUGCUUGCAGAGAGGGGCCGGUCCUUCCCCUCGGUGCUGGCUCUCAGUCACAAUGCCUCAAAAGACAUGGAACCCAGGCCGACAACAGGCCCAACUGCAAAUUUUUCCCUUUCCUUUUGCUUUCUAAAAGCAGUUGUUAUACUGUUCAUAACAUUGUAUAGUUUAAUUUCAUGUCAUUUUGGAUCUUAUAUAAAAAUGUGAAAAUUUGGAUUUUUAAAAAGAAUGACUCCAUUUUAGAUAGCCCCUUUUGAUGUUAAUAUAUAGUGAGUCCAAUGUAUGCUUUAGAAGUAAAGACAUUGACCAUCA